CAGGAGAAGAAACGCGCCGAUAAGGAGAUCAAGAUGCUGUUGCUCGGCGCCGGCGAGUCUGGCAAGUCGACUCUCCUGAAGCAGAUGAAGCUGAUCCACGAGGAGGGCUUCUCGCUGGAGGAGCGCGCCUCCUACGUGGCCGUGGUCCACAGCAACACUCUUCAGAGUAUGAACGCCGUCAUCCGUGCCAUGGACCAGCUCAAGAUUGGGUUCGCCGAUGCCGAGAGGGAGGAUGACGCGGUGAGCUUCUUCGCGAUGACGGAGCGGUCGCCGCGGGUGACGCCCCCUCCUGGCGCCAGGCCAUGGCGCGGAAUCUGGGCCGACGCCGGCACGCAGAUGUGCUACUCCCGGGCUCGCGAGUACCACCUGAACGACUCGGCGCCGUACUUCCUGCAGGCGCUGGAGCGCAUCUCGCAGCCAGGAUACGUGCCAUCCCAGCAGGACAUUCUCAGAACACGAGUGAAGACCACAGGCAUAUUUGAGAAGAGCUUUCACUACAAGAGUGUGCUGUUCAGGAUGUUCGAUGUCGGCGGCCAGCGGUCGGAGCGGAAAAAGUGGAUUCACUGCUUCGAGGGCGUCACGGCUGUCAUAUACGUGGUGGCGCUGUCGGGCUACGACCUGCUGUUGAUCGAGGACGACACCACGAACCGCAUGGUGGAGUGCAUGAAGUUGUUCGACUCGGUCUGCAACAACACCUGGUUCAGGAACACGCACAUGAUCGUGUUCUUCAACAAGCGCGACCUGUUCGAGGAGAAGCUGCCCCGCUCACCGCUCAACGUCUGCUUUCCCGAGUACCGGGGCCAGAAUGACUACGAGAGCUGCGCCGACUUCAUUCUCCAGAAGUUCAUGGCACUGAACCGACAGGACAAGAACGUGUACCCGUUCUUCACUUGCGCAACAGAUACGGAAAACAUCAAGUACGUGUUCGCAGCCGCGAGCGAUAUCGUCAUCUGCAAGCACCUGGCGGACUGCGGGCUCUGCUGAGAGCAACAGAGGCUCCGGUGAUUGUUUCUGCGCGAACGCCCGUACCGACGGC